CAAAGCAGCAACAGCUUCAUACAUAGUUCCAAUUCAAUCCCAUAACAUAAGAGAAUGGGCAUUAUAUCCAAGGAAGUGAUGGACAACCACUCCCUUGACACAUGUAUGGCCCUCCCCCUGCAGGCUUUAGCAUUGAAAGUGGACGAUAGAACCAGAAUGAAAGAUCUUGAAGAGAGAGCUCGAAUGGCGCUGCGAGAAGCUUCUUCGGAUACGGCAAGCAUUAUGAAGUUGAUAGAUACGAUGCAGCGGCUGGGACUGGGAGACCAUUUCGAGCAAGAGAUCAACACAAUACUGCAAGCAUUCUCAGAUAGCAACUUGGACCAAGAAGAUCUCUUCACCACCGCGCUAUGUUUCCGCUUGCUUCGACAAAACGGCUAUCAGAUCAGUACAAAUGUCUUUCAAAGAUUCAUGGACAACAGUGGGGCAUUCAAGCAGCUGUUGAGUAAAGACAUAGAGGGAUUGUUGAGUUUGUAUGAAGCUUCACAUUUGGGUGCAUGUGGGGAAAGUGUAUUAUUGCAAGCCAUGGAAUUCACAAAGACUCACUUAAGACAAUCGAUCCCAUUUACGGAAAAUGGCGAUGGCAAACAUGUCCUUGAGGCCAUAGAGCUUCCAAGGCACUUGAGGAUGGUAAGGUUGGAAGCUAGAAGGUUCAUUGAAGAAUAUAGCAAGAGAAGUGACCAGAACUCUUAUCUGCUAGAACUAGCCAAGCUGGAGUACAACAAGGUUCAGGCAUUGCACCAAUCAGAGUUGGCUGAGGUUACCAGUUGGUGGGAGGAGUUGGGGCUUGCCAAGAAGCUCAGUUUUGCUCGCGACCGACCCUUAGAGUGCUAUUUCUGGACUGUUGGAAUUCUUCCAGAGCCGAAGUACUCAGAUUGCCGAAUCGAAUUAGCUAAAACCAUUGCCAUUUUGUUGGUCAUCGAUGAUAUGUAUGAUAGUUAUGCCCCUCUAGAUGAACUUGUCAUCUUCACAGAGGCAAUUCGGAGAUGGGAUCUUAGUGCUAUGGAACAGUUGCCAGAGUAUAUGAAGAUCUGUUACAUGGCUUUGUACAAUACUAACAAUGAGAUCGGAUACAAGAUCCUCAGAAAACAUCGACGCAAUGCCAUUCCCCACCUAAAAAGGACGUGGAUAGACAUGAUGGAAGCGUAUCUAGUUGAAGCAAAAUGGUUCAAUGAAGGAUAUGUGCCCAAGUUAGAGGAGUACUUGGAAAAUGGGGUUACAACAGCAGGUUCAUACAUGGCCUUGGUGCAUCUCUUCUUUCUCAUUGGAGAAGGUGUUACAGAAGAAACCAUAGGAAUGAUGGAUCCAUAUCCAAAGCUUUUCUCAAGCGCUGGAAGAAUUCUUCGACUAUGGGACGAUCUAGGAACUGCUACGGAAGAGCAAGAAAGAGGAGACGUAGCAUCAAGCAUAGAUUGCAUCAUAAGGGAGAAGAACCUUUCAUCUGAAGGUGAAGCUAGAAACCUAAUCAAGCAGCUUGUACAAAGCUUGUGGAAAGAUCUUGGGAAUGAGCUUGUGGCUCCAAAGGCAUUGCCCCUUCCAGUCAUCAGAUGUUCUCUUAACAUGUCAAGAACUUCCCAAGUUGUUUAUCAGCAUGGAGAUGACAACAAAUUCCCCAGUGUUGAUGAUUGUGUGAAGUCUUUGUUCUUCACCCCAAUUAGUUUCUAGAUUGAGUGAUUCAUUUAAUUUCUCCUGGUAGCCCAGUCGAUUGAUCCUGGUAAUGUUAUAAUCAAUAGUAAAAUAAGUGAAUAAUUAUAUAUUUUUUAUUCAUUCAUAAUAAAUAUUUGAAUUUGUUAACAAACCGCUUACAAAGCCCUAUUGUUGAGCCAAUUUGCUUG